UGUUAUGAAUCGCUUCUCAAGACAAGUCGCAGAUUUCUGUUUCGCGAAUUUUCACGCGAUCUUUGUCACGGCCGGAGGGUUAGACGCUCAAGAUCGCGAUGGUUAUUUGUGCAAUAGUGUAAGGAAAUGUGCGAAAAAUCUCAAACAACAAUAAAUGUCCAGUGACGGUGUUCAUCAAGUGACAAUCCAAUUGAAAUCGAAAACGUCUGCCAACGGUAAUAAUACCGAAUGAGAUAAGUCUCGGCGAGAAUAAUUUAAAUUAAUUAUCAUCAAUUACGGUGAACAUAGUAAGUGUUUCUGUGCAAUUGUCUGAGCUGUGUAUACACAACACGGAGCCCCGCCGGUGCACAGAAUACCCCCGCGAGUAUCCAUCUGAUGGAGCAUAAAAAGCGCGAAAACUUGUGAAUGAAUUUGGUGUAUGAAUGAAACUUUGCGGUCGCUUCGUGCCGUCCGUGUCGAUGCAAACUUUAUGAAUGGGCCACGAAGGAAGAGAGACAUAUUGGCCCUCCGUUUGCAAACCAGAGAGUGAUGGAUUGUAAGUGCAGAAAUUUCCGUCGUGAUAUGCUGGUACCUGACCAACCGCGUCGUGUUUAGUGUUACUCAGUGUGGAAUGAUUCAUUAGCAGAAUGCUACACAUGUUCAGAUGAAGAUUUUAUGAAAUAUAGUCCAUUUAACGACCUUUAAAAAGUUCUGUUCUGUUCCAAAUCGACAAUUUUCACACCGUUUUACCUUUCAACGACAACCUGUGAUGAUUGCUUGCUGUAUGGCUUGGCAGUUUAUUGUACCGCAUUUCAUUACUGGAUAAAUAUGGAUAGUCGAAAGUUGGCGGGAGCAUGCAAGACUUCACCAAGGAGGAAUUUGGUCUUCUUGGCGGAAGUGUCGUAAGCAGUGAUAAGGAUCUGUCCAGUCAGAGCCAGCAUUUCAAUGUCCACAUCCAUGGCAAUCUGCACCACCAGACGCUUCAACAUCAUCAUCAUCAUCACCAUGGAGUGAUAGGAAUCAAUAUCAUUCCCGAGUCUACGACGAUAGUGGAUGAGAUCAAACUGAGCCAGAACAGUGAUCUGAUUGAAGCGAACGAAAGUGGAAAACUGGAGGAAGCCGACCGAGAUCUGUACUCCUGGAGCACGACCAACAUCGGGAGCCAGUUAUUGCGCAGUUCGGACGAUCCGCUUAUCUCCGGGGGCACCAACGACAAUCAAAACGAUAAUGAGCUUAGCGUUGCCACCGCGUCCCAGUCAAUGUGUUCAUCACCCACUCCUCCUCCCACGCAGAAGCAUCGCAACACCAUUGUCGUCCCUACGUCGAUCCUGUCUCCUGAACUACCCGAUACACCUGUAUCGCCAACUCCCACGCCCACAAAACAAUCCAGUGGCCAGUCGAACCGCCGUGGGGCUGCAGCCAGUGGCGCUGCAAGCCGUCAACGACGCAAAGGGCCCAUCAAGUUACGCUUCCAUCACCAAGCGCUGCCACCAGAAUAUCUGGACCAUUAUGAGGCAACCCAGAACAUCGCAGCUAAACGAGAACAACAGCAGCAACUGCAAAACUACGGUGGAACACGCGCUAGCAGGAUGGAAAAGCACGCGGAACAGGAACGCGAAGACCGUACCAACGAAUCCGUGAGGAAUUGGUUACAAAAGAUUCUGGAACUUCAAAAAGAGGGAGUUUCCCUCGCACCCGUUAAAGAUGAAACGGAAUCCUCUUCACAACGGCCUGCUCAAGGAACGCAAAGGAAUAAAGUCGUCAGUUAUAGCGACUUACCCUACAUGGGUGAAAUGACUUUGGAAAACUCAAAGCCCCGAAGGGGCAGAAAGCCUAAAAAGGCCGACAUAUGCCAUUUAAUUUACAAAAACUAUGGUACAAUAUUGCCAGGAACGCCCAAACCAGAGUCCCUACAAGAGAGAUCAACCAAUGGGCAUCGGGCGCAAACUAGAAGCAGUAGCUUACUAGAAAGGCGUCUUAUGUCCAACGAGAAAAAUCUCCAAGAUGGGAAAGGUAAACGAGAGGAACCUUUGAAUCUUUGCGUCAGAGAUGGCGGUGGUGAUCCUCUAGAUUUAUCAAGUUCAGAAAAUGAAAGUGAUGGAGUAUAUGAUUCUUCGUGUCCAACGCCCAUCAUCACACCGACUGAUAUCAACACCGAUCAAAUACUUGCUACAAAUAUGAAAAUGUCACUGCCAAACCUGCAAAGCACGGGUCCAGGAACACCCACUAGUGGGGAUACCCCAUCAACAGCGGAUACCCCGCCAGGUUAUAUGUACUGGCCAAACAUGAGUGGUUUCAUUCAUCCCAUGGCCUUAUAUUAUCAGAAACUAGUUGAUACCAACAACACGAUAACACCCGGUCAAUCAAGCUCAUCAACUUCUAAUUCUGUCCCCAGCACUCCUACUGAAAUACUCAGCUCUAAACUACCAAUCACAUCAAACCAUUCGACACCGUCGCCUUCAUCACCGGUCGCACCUAAACAAGAGCCACAGCAUACACUUACUCCCAAACCGAUUUCCCAACUCAUCAAACCGGAAAAAACUUCCAAUUCCAAGACAGACUCACAAUCGCCCAUAAGCAAGAGUUCACCACCCACCCAGAAAAGAAAACGAUCCGCCAUUUUUAUUCCGCCAGUUCCGGCGGAAAACAGUACAAAUCCUGCCACAGAAGUAAGCAUUUGCAAGUUUAAGUUCACUGGAGGGGCGAAACCGUGCCUCCAGGAGAAAAAGAUGCUCAGCGUAGACUCCGGUGGAAAUUUCCGGUACUACUCCGGAACCGGGGAUAAAUCCAUGCGAGGUUACGAAUUCUUCCCCCGAGAGAGUUUGCAGCAGAGCAGUCUCCAUUCUACGACAACUACCGGAGCAUUCCUAAACACUCCUCCGGUUGAAAAGAUAGCUUGCGAUCUACCCCCUCCUUCGCUGGGACUCAGCAACGACAUUCUACAAAUACCAGACUUCCCCAGUGCAGCUAAUCUGACUGGAUUGGCUUCACCGGGAAAUCCGUUGAGUCAACACCGCCGUCAACAGCCAUCCGAAUACAGUGAAGGACGACGGGCCAGGCGUCGGUCGCGACGCUCGUCUCAACGGGAAUCCUUGGAAAAGACCUUCAAGGAGAAGGGAUUUCUUAUCCAAACCCAACAAAUGCAAUCGGCUGAAGGUGCGACCUAUUGUAAGUUUAGACAAUUACGAAAAUUUACCCGCUAUCUCUUCCGAAGCUGGAAAGACUAUCUUCCCGGAGAGCUACAACAGCAGGGAACGACUUCCGGAGAGCAUCCUCACGAUGGGCUGCCAAUGAGUGCUUCUGCUGACCAUCACCACCACCUGGACGAGGACAGUCCUGUACUCGAGUAUCCCAGUUCUCGUACGAGCCACGUCCGUAGUGAACGAUCCGUGCCAACGCCAUCAUCAAUUUCAACCCCGCCCCCGGAAGUAAUACCACCACAGGCAUCACCAAUAUCAAAUCAGCUCAGUAUAGAACAUCGAAGUUGACAGGGAAGGAACGGUUAGAAUGUAAUUAUAAUUAUUGUUCUUACCAAAGAAUAGGUUUUAAGUUAAUAAUAGCUAAUAUCAUUUUUCAUAUAAUUUUAUUUAA